UCAGUUGCCUAUUUAAGUGUGAUUGAACCAGGUUGCUAGGGCUGGAGUGGAGAUGGAAUGAGAUCAUGCAGGGUCUCUGGCAUACAGCAGGCGUCCAAUAAAUGAUAGUUCCUGUUACUUCAUUCAAUUCACGAACCCGUGGGGAGGGCCAGAAUUUGAGACUGGGCUGUUUUUCACAACUGACGUGGCCCCCCGAGGCUGUAGGAAUGACCGAGCUGGGACUUAGCAGCCGCCAGCUUCUGUCCCCUGUAGGGAGGGAAACAGCUUCCUUCAGAGCUUCUCCGAGAGAGGCAGCUGCCACUAGGGAAGCUUCUUUCAGCACCGCUGAGGUUAUUUUCAGAGGUUUGGAAGGACUGUGUGAAUUUCUUUGGAAUCUAGUAGGAGUGUGGGGACCUUCUGGUGUUUCACAGCCAGUGGAAGGUGCCUUGGAUGUUUCUCGGAGCCUCUUGCUUGGAACGAGUGCAUUGGUGUGGGUGGGGAGGUGGAGGGGGUUGAACUGACUUCCCCGUCUCCUGUUUGGAGGCUGAUGGAGCUAGACCAGGGAUGUGUAAACCUGUGGACAGGGGCAGUGCACAGACCAAAAUAGCUCUGCCUGUGCAGAGAGGGGGCGCCUUCAAAUGCUGCUUGGGGAACAUUUCUGCUUGAAUGGGCCAGCUGAGGUAAAGCCAAGCUAAUGCUUUGCUACUCGGAAUCACUUCACUUCCAUGCAGUGGGACUCUAAACAGAUACAGCUUUCCUCUUAGAUGUUCAAAAAAUAACUAAAGAAGCCACUGCAUCCCUGACUGUGCAGUAUCUGUCUUUCUAUUGACUUGCUUUUCAAGAGGGUACCUAGAUUGUGGGUGCUGACUGGAGCUAUUGACUCUGGGCACCUGCCUGUCUCUGUGUUCAGGAUAUUCACAGUGCUGUUUUUUUGUUUUUUGGGGUUUGUUUUUUUUUUUUCCACCAGACUGGCACGGCUUGGCGUUCCAAUCCUUGGGUUGCUUGGAGAAAUUAACAGCUUCUGUCGCUGGGCUGUCUCGGGCUCCUGUAACCACGAUGUUUUUGCAGAGAGCGUAUUUUGUUGUUCUUGCAGAGUGCUGGGAAUGAAUUGCUGGCUCUGUGCUCAGAAAAAACACCAGCUAUGACCAGCUACAAGACAUCUUGUAUUCUCAGAAAAUGUUUUCAGUAGGGAUGAUGUCAGCCGCUUCAUCACUGGCCGAUGUCUCUGGCCAGCCUCUUUCCUUGGCCCUUGAGCUUACAUCAUAUAGAGAUUAGUUCUCCUAGCCCCAUUCGGUGUGGGAAGAUGGGAAUUUUGCUACUACAGGAAUUUUUGUAACUCAACUCUGCUGGCACCGCCAUAAGGCAUUCUAACUUAGCCAAACACUUUCGAGUAGAGCUGUCCAGCAGAUGCAGCAGGAUGGCUUUGCAAGAGUUGGAGUUUUGGCGUUAGACCUAGGUUCAGAGCUCAGAUCCACUUCUUCCUAGCCUUAUGACUUAGGAGCACUCCGCUGGUCCAGGCGGCAACAUGUCCAUGCUUUUAGCGAUGUCCCUGCCUCUAAUCCAGAAGCCAUGGAGGAGAUAAGGUAGCCCCCCUCGAUCGGAUGGGGAAGCCCAGUUCAAUGGAUACUAAAUUCAAGGAUGACUUAUUUCGGAAGUACGUGCAGUUCCAUGAGAGCAAAGUGGAUACCACCACCAGCAGGCAGCGGCCUGGCAGCGAUGAGUGCCUGCGGGUGGCAGCCUCAACCCUGCUCAGCCUGCACAAGGUGGAUCCCUUUUAUCGAUUCCGGCUGAUCCAGUUCUAUGAGGUGGUGGAGAGCUCCUUGCGCUCGCUCAGCUCCUCCAGCCUGCGGGCUCUGCACGGCGCCUUCAGCAUGCUGGAGACGGUGGGCAUCAACCUCUUCCUCUACCCGUGGAAGAAGGAAUUCAGAAGCAUCAAGACCUACACGGGCCCUUUUGUUUAUUAUGUCAAGUCGACAUUACUGGAAGAGGACAUCCAAGCCAUCCUGAGCUGCAUGGGCUACGCACCUGAGCUAGGCACUGCGUACAGGCUCAGAGAGCUCGUGGAGACCCUCCAGGUGAAGAUGGUCUCCUUUGAGCUCUUUCUGGCCAAAGUCGAGUGUGAGCAGAUGCUAGAAAUCCACUCACAAGUGAAGGACAAGGGCUACUCCGAGCUGGACAUUGUGAGCGAGCGCAAGAGCAGUGCAGAGGACGUGCGCGGCUGCUCGGACGCCCUGCGGCGGCGGGCGGAGGGCCGGGAGCACCUGACGCCCUCCAUGUCACGAGUGGCACUCCAGAAGUCGGCCAGCGAGCGGGCGGCCAAGGACUACUACAAGCCCCGUGUGACCAAGCCCUCGAGGUCAGUGGAUGCCUAUGACAGCUACUGGGAGAGCCGGAAGCCACCCCUGAAGGCCUCAUUGAGUCUUCGGAAGGAGCCUGUGGCAGCGGAUGUGGGGGACGACCUCAAGGAUGAGAUCAUCCGCCCGUCCCCUUCGCUGCUGACCAUGGGCAGCUCCCCCCACGGCAGCCCGGAUGCGCUUCCACCCGCCUCACCCAGCAACGGCCCGGGCCUGCUGCGCGGUACCUACUUCUCCACUCAGGAUGACGUGGAUCUGUACACAGACUCCGAACCCAGGGCCACCUACCGUCGGCAGGAUGCUCUGCGGCCGGAUGUGUGGCUGCUCAGAAACGAUGCCCACCCCCUCUACCACAAGCGCUCGCCCCCUGCCAAAGAGUCCGCCCUUUCCAAGUGCCAAAGCUGUGGGCUGUCCUGCAGCUCCUCCCUCUGCCAGCGCUGUGACAGCCUGCUCACCUGUCCUCCAGCUUCCAAGCCCAGCGCCUUCCCCAGCAAGGCCUCCACUCAUGAUAGCCUGGCCCACGGGGCAUCUCUGCGGGAGAAGUACCCAGGCCAGACUCAGGGCCUCGACCGCCUCCCGCACCUUCACUCCAAAUCCAAGCCCUCCACCACGCCCACUUCCCGCUGUGGCUUCUGCAACCGCCCAGGCGCCACCAACACCUGCACCCAGUGUUCAAAAGUCUCAUGUGACGCCUGCCUCAGUGCUUACCAUUAUGAUCCCUGCUACAAAAAGAGUGAGCUGCACAAGUUCAUGCCCAACAACCAGCUGAACUACAAGUCCACCCAGCUCUCCCAUCUCGUGUACAGAUAGACUGGCCUCGCCCCUUCCAGCUCCAAGGGCUACAUCAACCGACCUUUCGGGUUUCACGGUGAAGAAGUACUAAUGCAUUGAUCUCAGAGGCAGAGGCCUGCACUUGACCAUGUAGGUGGCAGAGAUCGUGGGCUGGCUGUGUCCACGUGUGAGUUCACUUAGCAACUCAGAUGUUUCAACCAAUGGCUGCUUUGUUGUCUGACAAGGGAGAAGGUGGCACUUCCGUUCAGAUUCAUUUUGCUAAUCUCUCCACUCCCUGUUCAGUUGGUUCUUAUUUUGGGGUUUGGUUUUGUUUUGUUGUUUUGUUUUUUCCUUUAAAGAGGAUUUCUGUCUCUGGGACCCUCGCCGCACCUACCCCUCCCAUUGCAAAGCCAACUUGGACUGGGAAGGGCCCUUCAGGUCACCAAACAUCCACCUGGAGCGGCGAGCUAGAGGCCUGUUGGCUUGUGAAAUGAGCCCUCCUGCCACACGGGGCCUCUCCCAAAGGCUCAUCCCUUGGCCGCCCCCUUCCUAAACACAAGGAUCCCCAGCUGGACUCCCCACCCCCUGGCUUUCCCACCUCUCCAGGUGUCAAAGGUGAACCGAGUCCAGUAUUAGCUGAAUGUGAUUUCGUACACCACAGCUCAGUCAGCCCGUGGCCUUCGUGAACUUUGCUCCAACACAUUGAUGUGUGGGCUUCCCACAGCAGGACUGACUUCCCCCUUUCUGUUGUUUGCACAUGCCCCUCUUACUGUACUGUCAAUAGAUAUUUUUGAGAUUUAUUUUUAAAUAAAUAUUCAACUUGCUGUGUGUUUCAACGUGGUUAAAAAAAAUGAAUUAUGUAGCUAUUUAUUAAAUGCCCUGGGUUCUUUAGUCUUCCAUGGGAGGGCCUCGCGCCCAUUCGUGUUGUAUCCUCCACUCACUACGGCCCAAGGGGAGAGGAGAGUUUGGGGCAGGAAAGAACAGACAUGAAGCCUCCUUUUCUUGAGCUGGUGGAGAGCCACUGUCUUCCCUGCAGUAACUAUCUAUACACCUACCUCCAGUGUGCACUUAGGGGGUGAGCGCGGGCGUCGAGGUCUGUGUGCCUGCAGACUGCUAACCUAGUGACAAUUCAGGGACCUCGCCUGUCGGACCUAUAGCUUGCUGAGCAGGAACUUUGCACUUCACACUUCUUGAGUCUCGUUUCAGAAGGAAAAUCAUUUGGGAUUCCUACUGCCCCUCCAUCUCAAUCCUCUUCUCUUCACCAGUUUCCAGGACUCAUCUGCAACAUUUGCAAUCUUUUUGCACUAAAAGUGGGCAAGAGUCGGCAUGUGCCCAUCAGACAGACGGCUCCUCAGAUGCUCAGCUAAGCCUAAGCGCUUCCAAGCCUGAAGUCCCCUUCAGCUCCUCAUGUGAAUUACCAACCCCUGGAUUUUCCUUGUGGGGGUAGAAGAGCAGGAGUGGGGCAAGAGUUUGAAGAUAAAGCCGCUUCCUUGUGAACUAACAAUAUAUUUUAGCCAUAACUGUUUGUGAUGUACACAAUGUUAAGGGAUUUAUAUGCAGUGGGUUUUUCUGGGAGAAAGUUAUUCAGCUCUUGAGCAAGUUUAAGUCUGGCUGAAUCCUGAGGCCACUGUGAAUUUGCUGAUGUUCUUCCAACUCAGUUGAGUGAUUUUAAGGUUUUCCAAAUCUUCUAUGGCUCUCUUUUUUAUAUAUAUAUAUAUAUAUAUAUAUAUAUCUGGUAGAUCACAUGUAGAUGUACAGUGUGUAUAUUAAGCUGAAUUUCAACCAACUUUAUUACUAAGACCAGCUUAGCGGGGCGUUCAUCUUUGAUGUUCUUCCUUUUCACAUUUCAGAAUCGGCAAUGCCUGGCCCACUCCUGAGAGCUCUAGUUUUCUAGUUUUCCAUUUCCAGAUUGCGCCAGCAUUACAGUAACUAACUCUUUUUAACCAACCGUGAUGCCACGUAACUUACCCUAUGGACAAAAGCAGGAAUGACUAAUACAUCCUAAGAGGGAAAGUCCAGUGUACUUGUCAUGACGGAUGCACUGUGGUCACAGACUAGAAUACGAAAUACUACAGCCCUGCUCCCUGGUGUGCAUCUUACUGGAUGAGGUUGCUGUGAUUGAGAUAGUUAAAUACAUGCUAAUUUAAAAAUGCAGAUGUUUUGCAUUUGAUUUCUACCAAGAGUUGAAAUGUUGAGAGAUGAUUAAAAAUAAUAAUAAUAAAGUGUCUUCCAUUGUUAAA